AUGACCGAAGUCGAGGCUCUUAAGAAGGCUGUGGCCAAGGCCGAGGAAAAGGCAGCCGCAGAGAAGGCCCUCCGUGAGAAGUACGAGGCCAGGGUUAUUAAAGCUGAGCAGGAGCUACAAGAGGCCGAGGUUUGUCCCAUCCCUCCCGUCUCGCGCCGCCACUCCACGAAAUCCCCCUCGGGAUCCCCUUCGCACCAACCAGCCACCACAGAGACUUCCAAUUCCAUCGAUCCAUCCACCCAACCACGCGUCUUGCUCCUCCUGUGCACCCCGCCUUCGCCCGUCGUGCCUCGUCGGAUCGGCCUCGCCGGAGACCAGCGCCGCUCCACCCCGUCUCCAACUCCGGAAACCAGCAGGAGCAUCGUCCUCUCGUCGCCGCUGCCUUCCCCUCUCCCCGUGCUCCUCCACCUCGCCUCGUCGUCCGGCAACCGGCGCUGCCGCCGGCGACCACGAGAUAAGCACCGCUGCCCUUCUCCUCCUCCUGUUGUUCCUCUGCUUUCCUCGUCUCACCUUCCUGUCUCUCUUUCUCUGCUCAAACAGGAGCGCCAUGGCUCUCGGUCCCCAUCAAGCUCCGCGCCCGGACCUCCUCGUCGAACCUCGCCGGAGUUCCUCCAUGACGCCAGCAACAGCAGCAGCCGCUGCACCCUCUCGCCGGCGAACCCAGCAGAUGAGCCGCCGCCUUCCUCACGCCUCCCCACCGCGCCAGUAGCUCCAGCCGCUCAAGUCCCAACUUCGAGCUGCGCCCUUGCCUCGCCAUGACCACCGGGCUCGUUGUUUCCUCGCUGUGAGCAACUUCCGUCAUAACCGAACCUUCUUUCUUUUCCUAGAUCCGUUCUGGCAUGUAUAGUUCAUUUACGAUUGCCACUAAGUUUCUGCACGAGCUCAGUAGUAGCCCGACUGGUCAAAAAUCCAUGCUUUGUCCAAGAGGUCUUGGGAUCGAGUCCCAGGCGCCUCAGAUUCUUUCCUCUGGUUCUUUU